AUGGAGAAAGUCGCGCCCGAGUUCACCCUUGAAGCCUUUGCCGACCCGGCUUCCGUGCGCGACGUCGUCCGCGGCAUCCUCCACACCAUCUUCUUCCUGCGCUACUUCGUCUCCCACGAGCCCAAGACGCGCGACGUGUGCGGCCUCGAGCUGGCCUACAUCCCCGACGCCGAGAUCGAGACGCUCAUCGACCAGCGGGUCGCCACGCUCGUGCGCCAGCUCGAGGUCGACCGCAACCAGUCUUCGUCGUCACAACAUCACUAUGGCGGUGGCCCGGGAGCCAGUUAUAGCGGAGGCGGCGGUGGAGGGCGCGGGCAGAUAACGGUGCAGUUCUUUGAGAAAAAGCGGAGGAAGACAUGGUAUGGGAUGGGAAGGGGUGACGACGAGGUUUGCUGGGAGAACUGGACGGUUAAGGUGACGGUUGCUGAGCCGAGGACUGAGUCAGAACGACACAAAGUCCGCAACGCAAUGGAAUCCACCCUCCAAUCCACCGUCUUCAAAUGCAUCACCAUCGCCAACACCCACAAGGACCACAUCCCGCCCAUCACCACCAACGAUUCCAACCCGUUCACCUACCAGAUCAACGUCAACCCACACCACGGCGGCGGCGGCGGCGGCCUCCACGCCACCUCCCAGCAACAUCUUCAAAGCGCCAGUAGCAAGGAAGCGGCACGAAGCGAUUAUGGAAGCUCCGGGAACGGCGCCGGUGGCAGUAGUGGAACUAGCGGCGGAAGCGGGCGAGGAGCAGGCGGGCUAGCAGGUGCCGCGGGCGGUGCGGCAGCGGCAGUCGUUGGAUCGUGGGCCACCAGGAUGGGUAUCUACUAG